AUUUAAAAAUGUCACCUCUUUGACCCGAGGGGGUCAACUUGUGACUUCCUCAAGCCUGAACCUUUUUUCUGUUGAAUAAUCCCCCUGGUGCCAGCAUGCUCCCUGUGCUGCUCCUGUUCUCUCCUGUUUAUGUCCGUGUCACUGACCUGGUGCGUUUAUGCCCUUCUUUCUUUCUUCUCUCCUCUCUUCCUGUCUUCUCUCUCUCUGUCUCUCUCUUUCUUUGUGUCUUUUUUUGUAGCUAGCCUGCCUUUCCUGAUCAUUGAGACUAGCACCAUAAAGCCGUACCAGCGCGGGUUUUACUGUUCGGACGAGUCCAUCCGCUUCCCCCGAAAAGAGGGAGAGACCAUUAGUGAUGCCGUGCUUUGUGGUGUUGGCAUUCUUAUUGGCACCGUCUCUAUUGUGAUUGGAGAAUGCUUCAGGGUUCACCAGCUCCACGUGGGAACAAAGUCAUUUGUUGGGAACGCUUACGUGGCGGCGCUCUACAAACAGAUAGGUGUCUUUCUUUUCGGCUGUGCCGUCAGCCAGUCGUUCACGGACAUCGCUAAGGUGUCUGUGGGUCGGAUGAGACCCCACUUCUUAGACGUCUGCAGACCAGACUUCUCCACCAUAAACUGCAGUGUUGGUUACGUCACCAACUAUACGUGCACUGGUGAUGAGAGUGAGGUGCAGGAAGCCAGGAAAUCCUUCUUCUCAGGACAUGCCUCCUUUUCCCUGUUUACUAUGCUCUACUUGGCUUUCUACAUCCAGUCCAGGUUCACUUGGCGCGGCGCUCGCCUCCUACGCCCCCUGCUCCAGUUCACCUUGUUGAUGAUGGCCUUCUACACCGGUUUGUCACGCGUCUCAGACCACAAGCACCACCCGACUGACGUCCUGGCUGGCUUUGUGCAGGGAGCCCUGGUGGCCUACUGCAUAGUGAGUCCACACCUAACAUAAUCUAUGUUAAACUGC